AUGAAUUCUAACCAUGACCAACAGCUGGAGCCAUGCGAUCCGUUUGUAAAACUAGUGAAGGAUAUUCCUCAGAUAUCUCAGUAUGUGGACACAAUUCAGCUCGGCCCCAAGUCGGCGGAAAAAUUCGAAUCGACGGGGAAGGUGGAGGGUCUGAUGUUUGUUUUCCGAAAGAAGAAAAUCCCCAUUGCAUCGGUCUCGGAUCUAAACUUGUAUCGGCAGUCGCUCCGCACGUUUGAACUUGAACGAAACAAUAAUUCCAAGUCCAGGUUCAGCUGUGACCGCUGCCGGAAGUAUAAGAAGAAGUGUUCCAGAGACCUCCCCGAGUGUGAAUACUGUGUUUCCAGCGAGGAAUACUGUUCCUACCGCCCACGUAAAAAAAUCACGCGGCGGCAAACGAAAGCUUCGCGAGAUUCGCAACCGGGCUCCGACUCCACUGUCAAGUCGCCGAGUGAAGAGAUGUUGGAGCCAAUCUCUCGCCAGACCUCUGAAAGUUCCAGCCACAAGAGUAAGAGCUCUGAGAGUUCUAGUCACAAAAGCACCAGCACCAUUUAUCAGCUUCUUAAUUGA